AUUCAAAUUCUUGGAAAAUUUUAUGGCGAAAAUGAAAAUGGGAAAAUUUCAGAGAGCUCAACCUGUAUGACCCCAAUUUCAACGGGAAAUUGAUAGGAUCAAAUUCUGAGCUGAUCCUGAAAAAAAUUGGAUCUACAUAUAUCCUAGUUUAAUUAUUUCGAGGUUAAAAACCAAAUCCGCCUCACUAUAAAUAGCAUUCCACAUAUUUGAAGAUCUAUGGUAAAAUAGGAAAAGUGUUUUGUUGUUUUUUUUUUUUUUGAAAAUAUUUGUGAUUUAUCAUAACAACUAUUCUAUAGUCAAUUUUCCGGGCUACAACCUUUUCACAAAUAAUUUUUUUCUAUCUCAUACGGAAAAAUGCUUUAUUCCAUUUGCCACAAUCUUCCUAAAUUUUAAUUUUAUAAUAUUUCAGCUAAAUAUCAUUAGAUUUGUCUCAAUUAGAAUAUAUUUUUGAAUUUGAAUAAAAUUAAAAAUUAAUUUCAAAAUUGCAUUUUUAAUUUAUUAGGUAUGUGAAAAGAAUAAAUCAAAUGAAACAUAAAUUUUAAGAAAAAAUAGUAUAAUUUGCAUUAAUAUGUGAAUUUAAUUUUUUUGUUAAUUUAAGAAAAGUUACUUUAAUAAUUUGAUCAAGAAGUACAUUAUUAGUUUUUUUAAAUUAUUUGUUCACAAUAUUUUACUUUUUUUAAAUUAUUUCUUUUAAUCCUAUUUUAUUAUACAUAAGAUCCAACAGUAUAUAAAAAGUCCAUGCACUGGGCAAGUAGGCAUGCGAAUGUACCCAUGUCCAAUGAGCCGAAGCCCAUCAUACCAGAAAGCAAGAAACCCGUAAAGAGGUUGACGCCCAAAAAGGCGGCAACGGCUCUAGCCUUCGAGACGGCUAAGAUGAAAAAAAAUUUUACGGAUGCCGGAAAGUGGCGGAAUGCGUUUGUUAAAGUGUUGAGGAGUAUGUCUAAUGACUGCAGUUGUGCCGAUCAAUUGCAGUCCAUACCACUAUCGCGAAACACUAUGAGCAGGCGCAUCUCCAAAAUAAGUUGUGCUUUUAAAAGCGAACUUAUCGCAAAGAUUAGGGAAGCCACUUCGAUUAGUAUUGCAAUGGACGAGACAACUGACAACACCCACAAGUCUCAGCUAAUGGUAUACGUGCGCGGGAUUAUGCCGAAUAAAGAAACGUUCGAAGAUUUCCUUGAUUUAAAAUCUAUGCCAACAACGACAAAAGCGACUGACAUUUAUGAUCAAGUCAUGGAGGCACUCCGAGACUUUGGCGCAUUGGAUAAACUCGAGUGCGUCACAAUGGAUGGAGCACCGUCAAUGUCGGGGGUUAAGAACGGCUGCGGUGCAUUAAUUAAGCGCACAAAUCCGGAUGUUAAAACGCUAAAGUGCGUUAUCCACUCACAGGUGCUGAGUUCCAGGAAAAUUGGCUUAAAAAGCUCUAUGGAUGCAGCAACGAAAGUCAUUAAUUGUAUCCGCGGCGGACACAAUGCCCUAACGCAUAGGCGGUUUAAGGAGUUUUUAAAAAACCAUGGAGCUCCACAAAAGGAUCUUCUCCUAUUUACUAAUGUUCGCUGGUUGUCUAAGGGGCAAGCCCUCGGCAGAUUUUUUGACCUCAGAAAGUUUAUUAUAGACUUUGCAGAAACCGUAGAGGUAUUUUUUUUUCAUUUUUUUUUAAAUUUUUUUUACACUUUAAAAAAAAAUUAAUGAGUUUGAAAUUUUAAAAAAGAGGUUUUUAAAUAAUCCCUUUCAUUGAAUCUUCAAUUUAAAUCUAUUUUUUUCUUUUAUACUUUUAAAUUCAAUAUACAUACAUGUACAUCUGGGUUAUUGCUUUAAUUCAAGUCAUUAGCAGAAAUACUUAAAUUAAACACUAUCAUCGGAGAUGAAAAAGAUAUGAAACAAUAAUCAUGUUUUUUGAGAACAAAUUUGGUUAAUGAAAUUGAUUUUAUUUUGAAAGUUACACACAAAAUUUUAUUCUCAGCGAAAAAUUUAUAAGUAGCUCUUAAUUUAUUCGACUUUUAUGCAUUUAAAAAUUAUUAAUCUCAUAUAAAUUUCUCCUUUUACCAUCUUCGAUGAUAUUUCUCAAUACAAUAUUUAUUAA